UCACGCUAUUGUAUGUUGGCUUGUUUUGCAAAAUUUGGCCGAUUUUGUGCUUUUCAGUCUAAAACCCUUUUUUCAGUAAAUAGGAUUUCUAAUUUAAGUCCAUUAUUUUUAAAAUUCAUGUCGACGGCUUUAUUCGACCUUACUUCUCUUGGCCAUGACAUGUCCAUUGAUGUCUCCCACGUUGAUGCUUUCCGUGAACCAGAGUUCAUUUUCAUUAAUAAGCUCUUUCUCAAAUAUGGUUACGAUAUUCGAGUCGCCGGUGGAGCAGUUCGAGAUAUACUUAUGAAGAAAGAACCUAAGGAUGUUGAUAUGGCCACAACGGCAACUCCAUCUCAAAUGGUCGCAAUGUUUACUAAAGAAGAAAUCAGAAUGCUGAAUCGCAAUGGAGAGGCUCAUGGAACUGUCACGGUUCGCCUUAAUGAUAAAACCAAUUACGAAAUCACAACUCUUAGAAUUGAUACUAAAACAGAUGGCCGUCAUGCUGAGGUUUCUUUCACAACGGACUGGCAGUUAGAUGCAAGUCGACGCGAUCUCACUGUUAAUUCAAUGUUUAUCGGUGUCUCUUUUAAGGAAGAUCCCUCUAAUAGUGCCUCGGAAGUUACUGUGUUGGGUAAACUCUACGAUUACUUCAAUGGCUAUGAUGAUCUUGUUCAUCGGCGUAUUCGUUUUGUUGGUGAACCCUCGGCUCGUAUCCAAGAAGAUUAUCUUAGAAUUCUUCGUUAUUUUCGAUUCUUUGCACGACUUGCCAGGAAUCCCGAUGAACACGAUGAAACAACUCUUAAGGCAAUAAGGGACAACAGCAAAGGCUUGGUGAUGGUAGCUGGCGAACGUAUCUGGACGGAAUUGAAGAUGAUAUUUCUCCAUUCUUUUGCUCCGUCUCUUGUCCGACAUAUGUCUGAGACCGGUGUUAUCACAUCUUGUGGACUUCCGAGUAUGCCUAACUUUGCUGAAAUGGAUAAGCUCUAUCAGAGUGGAAUUCUUAGCAGAGAUCCUAUCGCCGCGACCUGCGUGGCCUCGGUGUUACACUCUUUGGAAGAAUUGCAAACUUUCAAUGAACGUGUUAAGCUAUCUACUGUUGAAUUUAAUGUAGUUGAAUUCCUCGUGAGAUGGCGAGAUGUUCUACGAAAGAAGGAUAUUAUUGAGUAUCUUCGUCGAGAAUAUCUCCUUUCAACGAAUCAAGGAGUAUUGAAAGCAGUCUUCCCCGAAGCAAUUCGUUACCUGUGUCAGAAGAAGGAGAUUGAAUACUGGCUUUCUUGGGAGGCUCCCAGAUUCCCUGUAUCCGGGAUCGCAGUCACAUCAGAGAGGUCUAUCAAAGGGAAGGAAUUGGGACCGGUUUUGCUAGCUUUGAGAAAGAUUUGGGUGGAUUCUGAUUGUAAACUGACGGCCGAGGAGUUGAUGUCUGAUGAAAUAUUUGAAAUGGUAUCAAAAAUUCCUAUUGAAGAGAUUGAGCGAGAACCGAUGGUUCCUGUCAAAAGGAAGAGACGAUAG